AAAAAUUUAAGUUUUUUAAAAAAACAUACAAAUAAUAACAAUAAUAAAAACAAAAAAUUUAUAAUUUCUAAAAAAUGUCUUAUGAUUGCCUUCCAGAGAUUAUUAAAAAAGAAACAUUACCACCAACUAAUGAAGUUCUUUGCUUUGAUACUUUAGUAAAUGUGCCCCCAAAACAAAAAGUUAUCCAUAAAUUAACAGAUCCAUCAAAUUACUGUUAUUCAAGAAAAAGACUUGUUAUUGUCUCAGAAUCUUCUGAUUCUAACUGCGGUCCAUCUAAUCUCUUAGAUGAUUCUAGAUCAUUCAAUACUCUUCGAAUUGAUUAUGUCCAAGCUAAUACAUAUCCAAACUUCAAUAAUGGUUAUCCAGUUCAACUAAAUUUCGAUGAUAUGAGUAUCCAGCAAACCCAACCAAAUGUUUUGCAAACCGUUCAAACCCACUCAAAUUUCCAUGAUUUGAGUACCCAGCAAACCCAACCAAAUGUAUGGCAAAUUGUUCAAACUGGAACCCAACCAACCCCAGAAGAGCUAGAACGUCAAACUGCAUUAAGGAUGCAACAAAUUCGUCAAUAUCAUAUCCGAGAACAAGAAAGAGUGCAAUUAAAUGAUCCACAACAGACUCUACGACAACAACAAUACUCACAAUACACAAAAUACCUUCUAUAACCACAACCAACUAUACUACAAUCGCAAUUACAACAACCUUAUAUAAAAAUUUAUGUAUAAAUAAUUAUAAACAAUGUUUUUAUAAUGAAAUAUAUUUUUAAUUAUUAUAAAUU